AUGGCGUCCAAACUGACCAUCAACUCCGCCAUCAAGCUCAAUUCGGGCUACAGUCUCCCCGUGCUCGGCUUUGGCGCAUGUCUCCCGCCCCCACGCCCAUGGAGACGGCCACCGAGGUGUGCGCCCAAGCUCUCCGCCUUGGAUACCGCCAUCCAUCUUGACACGACAGGGGGAGGGGGGAAGAUCGACUCGGCGUCCUCCUACCGCAACCAGGGACCCUCCGCGAAGUCGAUCCUCGCCUCGGGCGUCCCGCGGUCCGAAGUCUUCUUCACCACAAAGGUGCCCAUGAGCGGCAGGCCGCUGUCCUACGACAACACCUACUUCCUGGUCGACGCUGCUCUCGAGGCCACGGGCCUCGGGUACCUGGAUCUCGUGCUCAUCCACUCUCCCUACGGCGGCAGCGCAAACCGCCGCGGGGCCUGGAGAGCCCUCGUCGAGCUCGUCGACGCCGGCAAGAUCCGGUCCAUUGGCGUGUCCAACUACGGCGUCCACCACCUCGACGAGCUGGAGGCCUACAUCAAGGUACUCGAGCGGGAGCGCGGCGGCCCGGGCAAGGGCGGCGUCAUCUCCGUCGGCCAGUGGGAGCUGCACCCCUGGCUGACGCGCCCGGACAUCGUGGCCUGGUGCAAAGAGAGGAACGUUGCCGUUCAAGCCUACUGCCCCAUUGUACGUGGCGAGCGCUGGGGCGAGCCCAAGGUCAAGGCGCUGGCGGACAAGUAUGGCAAGACGGAGGCUCAGAUUCUGCUGCGGUGGAGUCUGCAGAGGGGCUACGUGCCGCUGGUGAAGAGCGUAACGCCCUCCCGGAUCGCGGAGAAUGCGGCUGUUUUCGAUUUCGAGUUGACGGACGAAGAGGUGGAGGCCCUGGUGACACAGGACUACAGCCCUUGCGCUUGGGACCCGACGGUUGAGCCGCUUGACAAGUAA